AUGGGAUGUCAUGAUGAGGACGUCCUGCACGCGAACCACACCAACACCGAGUUCAACGUGCUCCUGGCCGAGGGCCGAAAGCACAGAGACAACUUCCAGGCGCAGCACGGUGCCAAGCCCGCCAGCACGUUCUUGUACAACGUGACGGCAGAGAUACACGAGGGCGACAUGCCUGACAAAAUGAUGGCGACACACGCGACAGUCAUGCAGCUGUGGAUCACGGCUGCCGGCAGCCUGCAUGCGGAUACCGCCAUUGCGCUGAUUUACGAUUAUGGCAUGGACGCCGGCACCGUCCUCAAGGCGGACCAAGACUUCGCGCUCUCGGUGCUGACAGCCGUGCAGCAGGCGCGAGCGUCCCGGGACUGGCCGACGUACACCAGGCCCCCUAUCCUGGCAAUUUUGCAAAACAAAGGUCAGCAAGCAAGUAAGUACCCAGAUACGACAGUAUGUAUACGACAGUAG